AUGAACACGCACGCCGCGCGCCUCUGGUCGGAGCAGCUCCUGUUCCGGGAGCUGCCGCAGCUCUCGCGGAGCGCUGCUCUUCGGCAGUCGAAGCCCUUCGCGCGCAGCUUCUCCUCCUCCUCACAGCCUGCCGCUCGGCUUCGACUGCCAUCCACGCCCUUCCGGCAGAAUACCCUCUUUCUCUUCCGCUGCGAGAGACAAGCGCUCCCCAGCCGCUUCCGCCCCCUCCGCUCCCGCCGCUUCAAGAGCGACAAGAGGCCGACGCAGAAUCCAGAUCCCACUCCACACUUGGGAAGCCCUGAGCCAGCACUUUCGCUGACGCAGCGGCUGAAGAAGCUUUCCCGGGAAUAUGGCUGGCUGGCGCUGGGCGUGUACAUGGGCUUGACCGUGCUUGACUUCCCAUUCUGCUUCCUGGCCGUGCGGAUGCUGGGGACAGACCGAAUAGGCCACUAUGAGCAUGUCGUAGUCGAAGCGCUCAAGAGCGUGGUGCGAAUACCGUUCCCGGACUUCGGGAAGAACACCGGCCCGGGGGGAGCAGUUGCCGCCGACGAGGCUCUAGAAGCUACGGCAAGAGAAGGGAACCUGGGAUGGAGCAGCGAUGUAGGCAAGGCUGACGCAAGGAAUAGCGGGGCCGAAGCAUCUAUCUGGACGCAACUAGCUCUCGCGUAUGCCAUCCACAAGUCCUUUAUUUUCAUCCGCAUUCCGCUCACGGCGGCCCUCCUUCCGAAAGUUGCGAAGACAUUGAGGGGCUGGGGUUACAAUAUCGGCAGACGGACACCAAAGUCCAAGUGA